AAGCACACUAGUUAAUAAAGUUUGCUAUUAAGCACAACCAGGAAGUUUACCUUUUGUGCUCCUGAAGACAGAGAAGCAUAGGAAUUACACCAUGAGAAGAAACUCACUGUAUCUUCUGAUUGUGGUGGUCCUUGUGGCAUUUUAUAUUCAUGGGACUCUCCCAGGUAAUUUUGAUGAGCCAUGGAAACUAAUGUGGUUCAACAUACGUCUGAAAAUUUUUGUGCAUUUGGGUACAUUUUUGGAGUUUUUGGGACUUUACAAUUUUUUGGAUUUACUUGCGGUUACUACAGCAUUAAAUGAAGUUCCUCCAACUUCAGAUGAAAAUGUCAGUGUAAUUGAGACAAAAUUUGACAAUACUCCUGUCCGUGUAUAUGUACCAAAGAGGAAGGCAGAGACACUAAGAAGGGCUGUAUUUUAUAUACAUGGUGGUGGCUUCUGUUCUGGAAGUGCUGCUUUACAUAAUUAUGAUCUCCUCUCAAGGUGGACAGCAGAGAAACUUGAUGCUGUUGUUGUAUCAUGCAACUACAGAUUAACACCUAAGUAUCAUUUCCCAUUACAAUUUGAAGAUGUAUAUAAUGCCUUAAGGUGGUUCUUAAGCAAAAAUGUUCUUGAAAGCUAUGGCAUAAACCCAGAAAAAGUCUGCGUUUCUGGAGAUAGUGCAGGUGGAAAUUUAGCUGCAGCAGUGACUCAGCAGCAAUUACAAGACCCAGAUGUGAAGAUCAAAGUCAAGAUGCAGUCUUUAAUUUAUCCUGCACUUCAGGCUUUUGAUUUAGAUUCUCCGUCAUACAGAGAAUAUUCACAUAUGCCGACUCUGUCCAAAUCGCUGUUGGUCCGGCUCAUGAGUGAAUAUAUUACAACAGACAGAUCACUUGAGAGAGCCAUGCUUUCCAACCAGCAUGUAUCUGCAGAAUCAAGUCAUCUAUUCAAGUUUGUUAACUGGAGCUCCUUGCUUCCUGAGAGAUUUAGAAAAGGACAUAUUUAUAACAACCCAAUUUAUGGUAGUUCUGAGUUAUCUCAAAAAUACCCUGGGAUCCUAGAUGUGAGGGCAGCUCCUCUGUUGGCAGAUGACAGCAAGUUGCGUGGUUUACCCCUGACCUUUGUCCUCACUUGUCAGUGUGAUGUCUUAAGAGAUGAUGGACUGAUGUAUGUCACCAGACUUCGGAAUGCUGGUGUUCAAGUGACUCAUAAACAUAUUGAGGAUGGAUUCCAUGGAGCAUUUGCCCUUUUGGAAUUUAAAAUUGGUUAUAGACUGAUAAAUCAGUACAUUAAUUGGCUAAAAGAAAAUCUAUAGUAAAAUAUGUAUAUAUUUUUAAAAUAUUGUCAAUCUUGAAGCAUCAGAAAAUCCACAUUAGAAAGUGGACUGUUUUGGAAUAGUCAAUUUAAGGUCCACAUACAGCAUAAUAAUUCUUGUUGCGAAUAAGUUUGUUGUUUGGGUUCUUAUACUUAGGGAUUUCCUUCAACAUUUCACAUUGUGAAUGUGCUAUUUCUGAAAAUUUUCCUCUUAUGUUGUUAAUCUUAUUUUUUAAUAUUAUAUUUUGUUUUAUACUCUUUGUUUUCUGUGUUGGCUAUUAUUUGCAAUUGGAGGAGGAAAAAUAUGAGAAAGUAUUGCUUGUCUGAGUAAUGUUAUCAUUUGCCUCAAUGUGCAUUUGGGGAUUGAAGCCCUCCUAUACACUUGAGUGCCAAGUCUUUUCAAAAGCAGUUUCCCCAAUACAAUGUCAUUUUUUUCCACAGUAAAUUUAUCUACUUUGAAACAUUUCUAGAAUCCAGGUACCAAGUGUUAUACUAUUGAUAAUUAUUGUGACACUUUGAGGAGUUAGUCCCUGUGGAUUUGGGGGAAGGCAGAGAAACUGAAGUUCAGUAAAGAUGGAAAAGGUCUUCAAGAUGGACAAUGACUUAGUGACAGCAACAGCUAUUCUGUAUAUGUAAGUAGAUAACCACUAAUAAAAUAUCAUAGAAAAUUUUAACUCGUGAAAAGUCCAUCCUGACAUGGCAUAGAGAAAGGUAAGAUAAAAUGAACUGAAUUACAAUUUGGGUGGAAAUAUUUAUUUUCCUCAUGAACUAUGCAAUGCAUCAUCAUCACAAGUGAGCACAUGGAAAGGCACCUUUAAGUGGUACAAGAGUUCCAUCAGUGUACCAAAGAUAUCUUCAUCUCUUUUUGACUUCACUAUUCUGAGUUUUUUUGUGUUUAUACUCACAAUUGUAUUUUUGAGUGCCAGUCAAAUAUUUGAUGCUGGCAGAGAUGGGUAGAGAAAAAUAACUACAUUUGAGUUUAUUCCAUUUUAUGAGGAAAACAGUAGUAAUCUCAAGAAUUUUUACCAAUAAAUUUCUUAUCUUGAAUUUUCUAGAAUACUGUCAUAAGAAAUUUUGCCAUUGACAGUAUUACAAUGUCUUUCCUUAAUAAAUAAAACAUUAACAGGCAGCUAACAUACAUAGGAUGUAUACCUACAGCAAUAACUUGUUAAAUAUUAAUUCUGAAAUAAUUAUUUUCUGGAUAAAUAAGUUCAUUGUUAAUAGUAAUUAUAUGGGUAUACAGCUAAGUUGAAUGUGUGUUCCCCAAAAUUGUUUCUGUAACCUAUAAAAACACCAAAUGUGUUUUCUUCUUUGAAAUAAAUUAAUUCAUUCAUGACUGGUA